AAGCCGCCGGCCGGGCUCGCCGCACCGGCGGCCGAGGUCCCCGCGCACCGUAGCCCCGCGCUCGACCGCGCGCUUCAUGCGGCCGCCUACCAUGUCCGGACACUUUCUGCUCGCGCCCAUCCCCGAGUCCUCCUCCGACUACCUCCUGCCCAAGGACAUCAAACUGGCCGUGCUGGGCGCCGGCCGCGUGGGCAAGAGCGCAAUGAUUGUGCGCUUCCUGACCAAGAGAUUCAUUGGCGAUUAUGAGCCGAACACAGGCAAGUUGUACUCGCGGCUCGUGUGCGUGGAGGGAGACCAGCUCUCCCUGCAGAUCCAGGACACUCCCGGGGGCAUCCAGGUCCAAGACAGCCUCAGCCCGGCAGUCGACUCCCUGUCCAAGUGCGUGCAGUGGGCAGAGGGCUUCCUGCUGGUCUAUUCCAUCACGGACUAUGACAGCUACCUGUCCAUCCGCCCCCUGUACCAGCACAUCCGGAAGGUCCACCCCGACUCUAAAGCCCCCGUCAUCAUCGUGGGCAACAAGGGGGACCUUCUGCACGCCCGACAGGUGCAGACCCGUGACGGCAUCCAACUGGCCAACGAGCUGGGCAGCCUGUUCCUGGAAAUUUCCACCAGUGAAAACUACGAAGAUGUCUGUGAUGUGUUUCAGCAUCUGUGCAAAGAAGUGAGCAAGCUGCACAGCCUCGGUGGGGAGAGGAGGAGAGUCUCCAUCAUCCCCCGGCCACGUUCUCCCAACAUGCAGGACCUGAAGAGGCGCUUCAAGCAAGCUCUUUCCUCCAAGGCCAAGGCCCCCUCCACCCUGGGGUAGACCCAUCUGCACUGGAUGGACUCGUCCCCUUUUUAUCAGGCAUUCAUGCAGCUGAGAAGACUGGGGGUCACCCUUUUUAAUCACACAUUCAGAGUUUAUUUUUAUACAAACUAUUAGUUUUCAAGUGUAUGUUUAUUUCUGAAAAUUCAAACGGUGAUUGCCUAGAAGUUGGAUAGUUGUUUUUUUAAUAAAAGAUUUUUUUAAAACUGUAACUGCUAGCCACUUUUCCAUUAAAGGCAAAU